AUGGUUUCUACGGGCAUCACCAGCGUUUCCUAUCGGCUAGAACGCUUCCUGGCCGUUUUUGUAGUGGUAUCUCUAAUCUCUCAUAAGAAUAAUGGCUUUGUUCGCUCGUUAAGUCCUCCAAAGGGCCAAAAUUCUGUUUCCACCAAGCUUCACAUGAGUCUUCCGUUGCCAUUUUUUGCAUCCUCCUCCGCUACGGAAAAAGUCAAGGAAGGUAGGGCUUCUAUAACGGAUCGGCUUCCGAUUGGAAAACUUUUUGAUUCUAGAGACUACAUUUUCAAUACUGCCAGUAAUGUGAGAGGUUACGAAUGGACCAUCAAAGAGACAGAAGAAUUGGUUGAUGACUUACUGGAUGCCUGCAGUGGAGCACUCGCCAUGGGUGAAAGCAGACAAGACUAUGAACUGAGCCAGAUUGUUCUAAUCCCCAUGGAAUGGGAUCAAGAUGCUUUGGGAUUGGGAAGUCGAUACGAUGUUCAUGAUGGGCAACAACGAUUGGUGACGCUAUCCCUAUUGUUUGCUUCCAUGCGAGAGCGAUUUCAACAACUGGAAGGAAUGGAAGAUACUGUGACAGAGUUGGCGGAAAUGUUGAAGCCACCAAAGACAAGAAAAGAAGAAAUCUUGCGAGUGGAGAUGAAUCCUCGGGACAAUGUGAUUCUCACCAACAUUCUUUCGUCAAAUACCAAUAUGGUCAGCAAACUUGCCAAUGCUACCACCCAGGAACUAUCCAAGCUAAGUACACCCAAUCAACGCAUUGUUCAAAACUACAAUCAUAUAGCAAGUCGAAUGCAAACUUUGGAGAAAGACGAAUUGCUUGAGCUCUUGGAUUUUAUCAUUGAAAAAGUCUACCUGUUGGUCUGUGUCCCCGAAUCGGCAGCGAUUGCUCGAAAUAUUGUCAUGGGACAAGGAAAGGGAAAGGAUCACGAAAUAAUCGAUGACUUUAAAGGACUGGUUUGCUAUCGAUACACUCCCGAAGAAAAGGAAAUGUACAAAGCCUUUGAUGCAUGGGAUGCCAUGUCUUCCUCCGUAAUAGACUUGGAGGCUGGUGUUGUCGGUCGUAAAACCGUUUCGGAUGCCUGUCUGAUGCGGGCCACUACCUCUCUCAAACAAAAGAUUGCUUCUCGCAAACAACUCUUGGCCUUGGAACAAUGGCUUCGCAAAGAAAUGGAAGCAAAGUCUAUUGUGGGAAGUGAAUUCUACAAUACUGAAAUCCAACCAGCCAGUCUAGUGCUGGGGCAAUUCCGAGAGGGCGUUCUUCAACCGUUUGGAUUCUCAAAGAGUGGCAAGAUUAUGAAAUCGUGGCCCAGCAUUGAACUGCGAUUGAACUUUUUGCGAGAAAUGAUUCAAGGGAUUCCAGCCACGAAGGAAGUGGAAAUGGUAGUUUUAGACUUGGGGUUGCGAGCGGGAGGGGGCGGAGGUAAUAAAGCACUGACUUUGGACAAAGUGGAACGGUAUCUAGGUGCCGCCGAACAGUUGGUACUCUACUUUGCCUUGGUGCGACCCACGGCUCGAGAAAAGUACGAAAAGUGUUUUGCUUUAUUGGAAGCUAUUGACACGGAAAUCAGCCGUGGGAGUAGCAGCUCUGGAAAAUUAGGCGUUCUGAAUGAAGAUGAUACCUUGGCCAUGUACACGGCUAUAUCGCUCAAUUCACUUGGAUCCAAUGCGGCUGGAAAGAGACUAUGUCUGGCACUGCUGAAACGAUUGAAUACCAGUGUCCUGCUCCAAAGAGAUCCGGAGAAGGCGAAUGGCGAUAGUGCUGAAGCCAUUGCUCCUUCCGCAUGCUACUUGGAACCAGUCUUGCCAAACAAGGCCACCAAAAAGGGCUGGGGUGACGUUUGGCCAGACAAAGCUACGAGGGAUGUAUGGACGCAUAGAUUGGGCAAUCAAUGUCUAGUUUCGAAACCUGCACCCACCAAGGUAAUCAAACUACCCUUUUCCGAAAAAAAGGGUCGAUAUGCUGCCGAGCUUUGGCCAUUGACUGCCAAGCUCUGCGAGCGGGAGGUUUGGGACGACAUUGCCAUCAAGGAGAGUUCCGCAACGAUUGUCGGCCUCAUGAAGUCGAUUUGGGAAUGA